AUGAUUCGCUCUCACCAAAUCUUUGAAAAACUUUUAAAGGUUUUCAAUAAACUUGAAAAAAAAGCACCAUGGAUUAGAGAAUGGUUAUGGCAUGAGAUAGAUCCUAAGAGUCCUUUACCACUUUUUAGGAACAGGGAUGUAGUUGCUAUUUACUACUUAAGGCCAAUAUUGGUUGCUUAUUGGAGGUUCAAAACUUUAUUCUUUCCAUUGAUGUAUUACUUCAAUUCAAUCUCAAUGAUGGUAUCUAACAUGGUUCAGCUAUCAGCAAGUAAUCUCUCAAAUCUUCUCAAAGGAGACCAAGAGCCUGUAACAAUUAGAGAGGAGGAAGAAGGAUCCUCAAUUACUGGUAUAUUUCCGUUAGAGAUAUGGGAAAAGAUUUCGAAAAAGGGUAACCUUGACAUGAAUAACUUAUUACAAGUGAAUAGUGUAUUCUAUCAUCAUUUUGGGAGAAUGAGGUAUAAAGAAUUUGAAAGUGUUCAGCUCUUGCUAGUGCUUAGUACUACAAAAAAAAUGAGAAUGAGCGAUGAAUGUUUCUUAAAGUAUGGUCCAGAUUUUCCAAAUCGACCAUAUGAAAGCUAUAAGAUCUAUGAACGUCAUCAAAUAAGCUCAAAGUAUGAGUAUGAAUUUCUAGAUGUCAGAACCAGUCCAAAAGAGGAUUUUUUGGCAUAUGAAAAAUCAGAUUCUAUUAUUAUUUCUUCAAAAAAAGAUAUUGAUUUCUUCAUUGAGAACAUCUUGACCAAUCCAAAUUCACCGUUGAAAAGAUGCAUAAAGAACCUUUGUAUGGAUGUUUCAAUUUUAGACGGCUUUGGAGAGCUUAUAACUUCACAGAAUUCCAACAUCAAUCACUUUUUAAAAGAACUAUCAACCCAAGGAUGGUUGAACUGUAUAAAAGCUGACUUGCCCGCUGUGAAUGUUACAGAGUGUCAUGAUUACUUUAGUGGUUGUAGAUGGCAACCACAUCUUAGAUCUUAUAGCAGUCUUGGAUUGUUUGCUCGGGGCCUUGAAGAUUCAAAUGGGAAGUUUCCCAAGAAUGUCUAUUAUAAAGAAUUGAUGCCAGUUUCUGGAUUCUUUGAUCAAUAUAGUAAAAACGACAGAGUAUCACAAAUAGGAUUCACUAAGGAGAGUCAAGUUUUGGAAAACAAUCCAUUUUCACGUUUCCUCAAUUACUGCGAUGGGGUUCCGCCGAUUAUUUAUGAUAUGAAAGUUAUACGAAAAGCAGGUAAUAUGUCUUUAAGUAUAGAUAUAACAAAUAGAGGAUUUCUGACCGAGAAGAAUGUUGAGUUGUCUUUCUACAGAUUCAUGAAUUUAAUAACUUCAAAAGAAGUUUGUGGUGAUAUAAAUUCAUCAUUUUCAAUUUUAGGUAUGAAAGAUAGCAAGCUAGAAGUACCACCAGAUGACUUCCCAUUGCUUGAUAAACUUGUUGAAUACGAGCCACAGAUUGUCUUGAUAAACAAACCAGCAACUAAUGAUACCUAA